UCGAUCGUUAUCUAUACAGGAAUAGCUCAAUACAGUCAGACCAUUACUAAAGAUAUUGUAAAUAUGAUAACGCCGUGUGGGUUCCGUAUCACCUUCAAAACUGUAUACACUUCAAUCAAGUUGAACCAUUCUUGGUUCUAAUGAUAAUGGGUAAUAACACAUGGUGUAAACAGAUCUCUAAUUUAAAGUGGUUAGAAAUAAUUAUCAGUGCAGACACGACCCCCAUUUUUCAAUUUUUCACGGUUUGACUCAAUUUUGAGUCUAUCGAUGAUUUUGAAUCAUAGUGGGAAAGUGAAUAUAUAUUAGACAAGAUAUAGCAGGAUCAUGACUGAAUCAUAUGUUAUAACAGUGAUAUCUCACACUUCAGAAUUAACUUCUGCUCAAAUAAAAUCGAUUGAAUCAUCAUUAUUAAGUGAAAAAUUAAACAUUAAAGAAUUUACCACCAAAUCAUUAUCAUCAAGAGCCAUUGAUUAUCACUUCAUAACCAAUCAAGAAUCAUCUCAUCAUUUACAAUCCACUUUAAAGCAAAUUCAAUUGAAUAAUACCUCUCCUGAAUAUGAUAUAAUCUUUCAAAAACAAUCAACCCGUCAAGCAAAGAAAUUAUUCAUCUUUGAUAUGGAUUCUACUUUAAUUUAUCAAGAAGUUAUAGAAUUAAUUGCAGCUUAUGCUGAUAUUGAAGAUAAAGUGGCGGAAAUCACUGAAAGAGCCAUGAAUGGAGAAUUGGAUUUCAAUCAAUCGUUAGCUGAACGUGUAUUAUUAUUAAAAGGAAUAGAUUCCACUACUUUAUGGGAUGAAUUGAAAUUAAAGAUUGAAUUGACCAAUGGAGUUAAACCUUUAUGUAAAGCUUUGAAAUCAUUAAAUGUCGUCAUGGGUGUAUGUAGUGGUGGAUUCAUACCGUUGGCUGAACAUGUUAAACAAGAAUUAGGUUUAGAUUAUGCCUUUGCUAAUACUUUAGGUAUUGAUGAAUCUAAAAAGUUAAAUGGUACUACUAUAGGUCCUAUUGUUAAUGGUGAUAAGAAAGCAGAAUUAUUAUUAGAGAUUGCUUCUAAACAUAAUAUCAAUCCUAAAGAUGCUGUAGCAGUAGGUGAUGGUGCGAAUGAUCUUAAAAUGAUGUCUGUAGCAGGAUUUGGAAUUGCUUGGAAUGCUAAACCAAAAGUUCAACAAUUAGCUCCUGCUUGUCUUAAUACCAAAUCAUUAUUAGAUGUUUUAUACAUUAUGGGAUAUACAGAACAAGAAAUAACUAACCUUAUAUAGAGUAUUUACUUUA